AUGGAGGGGUUGGGUUUUGGGAAGGAGGGAGGAGGAUAUGAUGAUCUUUGUGGCAUACCUAGAGAUCUUGAAAGCGUUGUCGAGGUAAGCCUCGAGGUAGAGGAGGAAGUCCUCGUCUCUGGUUUUUCCCGUGGCUGUUGCGGCAGGGGUUUUGGCAGUGGUAAUCGGUUAAGUGGUGGAUUUCCAUCUUCAUUUGAGAACCUGAAGCAUUUGACUUAUCUCGAUCUUUCUGGCAACGACUUGUACGGUGAUAUUUUGGGCGCAUUGCAUCUGAAGGAUCUUCAAAGGCUUUAUCUUGGGUUGCUUAAUCUCAAUAGUGUUCUCGAUGUGAAUGAUCUAUUCACACUCAAGAACUUGACAACCUUAUAUUUGUCCAACAACAACAUAUCUUUCACCAAGUCAUUCAUCAAUGCCACUACAUUGAAGCUCGCCUACUUAUACUUGGAUUCAUGCAACUUGACCGAGUUCCCACGUUCUAACUUGCUAGAAACAAACCUCCCCAUCCCACCUCCCUUGGUUAAGCUAUACAACAUCUCCAACAAUGGCCUAUUUGGGGAUAUUCCAACAUCCAUUUGUAAAGUGAGCUCACUUGCCAUGCUCGAUUUGUCCAACAAUGCUCUGAAUGGCACACUUCCUUCUUGUUUGGGAAGUAUUGGUCCUUUGAUUUUAUUAAACCUUGCGAGAAAUAAAUUCAAUGGCAUGAUUCCUCAUGGUUACCUAGAUGGUUGUGCAUUGAGGAUGAUUGACGUUAGAGAAAACCAACUAAGUGGGAUUGUUCCGAGAUCUUUAGGAAAUUGCAAAAUGCUGGAGUAUUUGAACCUUGGUGACAACCAAAUUAAUGAUACAUUCCCAUUUUGGCUAUCGGAAUUGGCCUACCUAAAAGCAAUUGGCUUGCAGUCAAAUAGUUUCCAUGGUCCCAUAGAAUCUAAUCUAAGCCAGCUCAACUUCACCAGUUUACACAUCCUGGACAUUUCCAACAACAACUUCAAUGGCGAAUUUCCUUCCAACUUGUUGAAGAGUUGCCAAGCCAUGAAGGUCGUGAUUGGUCAAGAUGAGUUGGCAUAUUUGAAUAUUAUUCAAUCUAUUGAUUGGGCUUAUGAUUCAUUUUCUGAAAUAAGUAUGACUUAUGCAAUGAAAUUGAUGAAUAAGGGCACGAAAAAGGAAUAUGCAAAGAUUCCAGAGGUCCUCAUGGCAAUUGACCUCUCCAACAACAAGUUUGAAGGGUUCAUUCCUGAACUCAUUGGAGAUUUGAAAUCACUUCGCAUGCUCAACCUUUCAAACAACCUCCUCAAUGGUAGCAUCCCUCCUUCCUUGGCCAACCUGACAGUGCUCGAAGCACUGGAUCUUUCUCGAAACAAUCUUGUGGGAGAGAUUCCUCAACAACUAGCCCGCCUCACAUUUCUUUCGGUUUUCGAUGUCUCUCACAAUCAUCUAUCAGGACCAAUACCACGUGGAACGCAAUUUGAUACGUUUGAGAGCAAUUCAUUUGCAAUGAAUAAUGGUUUGUGUGGAAGUCCCUUGCCAAAUAAAUGCACAAAUGGUGAGAACACUCCACCACCACCAUCAUAUUUCAAAGUGGAUGAAGAAGAAGAGUGUCUCUUCAACUUGGAUUGGAGAAUUGUGCUAGUUGGCACCGGAGUUGGGUUUUCAAUCGAUGUUGUGAUAGAAAACUUGAUCAUUGAUGAGAAGAGGAUGUGGUUCUUGUGCUGCUCCAAGAAAAUGGCAAAAGGAUGGAAAAAGGUGAGGAAAGGUCUGGCAGACAAGAAAAUAUGCAGCUAG